AUGCUUGACUAUUAUCAAGGAAAGACUAUAUUCAUCACCGGAGGUUCGGGCUUCCUAGGCACGGCCCUGGUACAUCGAAUCGCUACGAGCGUUGAGUUCAAGCACAUAUACUUGCUACAACGUGGGGGGCAAACUGGUCUGUCCGCAAAAUGGCACCAAUGCCUCCGCUUUAAUACUGCGCAAUGGCUUCUGGAGCACCCCCAAAUCACCAUCCUAGAUGGUGACAUGAUGAAGCCGAGUCUAGGCCUUGACAAUGACCAGACCGAGAUGUUGAAGCAGAACGUCCAUAUCAUCAUCCAUGCCGCAUCUUCAAUCAAUCUUGCCCAGCGGCUUCAAAAGCUGUGGCCUAGCGUUAUCCGGGCCACAGAGUAUGCGGUUGAACUUGGACUCCAAUGUGACAAGCUGGAACGUUUUGUCUACGUCUCAACAGCAUAUAGCAAUACCCACUUGUGCAGCUUGUUUCCCAAUCGAGAUGUUGAAGUGGAAGAACGCAUAAUACCACUUGAACAGAUGCCUCCUAACAAUGGUAAUUCCACUGUUGCCGAGGAGUACUCGGAACUGCAGUCGCGAGGAUCCACCAAAGAAUACGAAAGCAACGACUUUCCUUGGGGUUAUGGGUAUGCGAAACAUCUUUCCGAGCGCCUAGUUACGGACAAGUUCACGAGACAUGGCAAGUACGAUCGAUUGCUGAUUGUACGGCCCUCUGUAAUUGGGCCUGCGGAAAGCAUGCCAUUCCCCGGAUAUGCGGUUCCCACGUCGGUCCCUAUGACUAUGGUUGCGGCCGUGUUUGUCAACCAUCCAGCAUUUUCCUUAGAGUUGUCCAGCCGUCUGGACGACCCAGAAUCAGAUUCCAAUUUGGAUGAAGUACCUGUCGACGUCGUUGUAGACCGCCUUCUCGGUCAUCUGGCUUACCAAACUCAGGGCUGCGUCCAUGCGGUGAGUGGCAGAAAAGCCCGAUUGUCCUUCAAAGAAUUGGAAGCGGCAGUUUACCAGGUCCGCUGGCUACCCUGGCGCUUUCGUCUCAAGUGGGUGAAGAAUGACGGGUGGAAUUCGAAAUCAGACGCGAUCAGUCGUCUGUACAAGAUCUUUGGGACUUCCUUCGACUUCCAUGAAGAGAAGACUGAGCAACUGGUUUCAAAAUUAAGCGGCGAAGAAAGGAGGACAUUGCGGUUGUUCAAUACCAGGAAAGUCGGUGCAUGGGAGCUGAUGUCCCGCAGCAAGCAGAUGUAUGAUUGCUCGACUAUUUUCGCCAGGAAGAUAGCCUAUCCUUACCGGGCCUUGUACCAACUUCUAUGGCUUAUCUGGUGGGUUUAUGUCAAGCUGAUUGUUGCUUGGGCGGCAUUUGAUCUGCAAGCUGUGCGUCGGCAGCUGUUCGCUGACCGGAAGGCCCUUUGA